AUGAGAGCUGAUCUGGCCAGCUCCCAACUACAGGAGGCGUACGAGCAUCGCCGCACUGAGAAGCAAGACGGCAAGGUGAAGCAAGCGAAGCACACUUGCAAAUCCCCAGGAAAUGUGCGGAAGUGCGAUUGUUCCAACUUCAAGUCGUGGAAUGCAUCGAUGAUUGCAGGCCUUGCUGGGACGGACGCCCAGGAUACUGCAGCCGCAGUUGUCGAGAUAAAUGCUCCUUUGCGGCACGAGGUGUUCCCACUUGGCUACAUAGCAAGCACGGAGACUUCGGUCACCAUGAAGUAUUGCAACUUGCAGCAGUUCGCACCUUCCAAUGCGAAUUUCUUCAAUUUGUUAUGCCAGACUUGUUUCCCUGAUGGUACUGGUAGCAAGUGGUCGUCGACCCCAGACCAUGCUGCUACUGCGUUUGGUGGGCGCAGCUUCGAACAGCAUUGA